AUGGACUAUUUGCAAUAUAAAUUGCAAGAAGUGGAGCAAACACUGAAAACAACCAUCGAGAAAGUGGACUCUAAGUUCGAGACAAGAAUGAAUGCGGUGGAAAAUUCAUUGCAAAGUACAAUAAUGGAAAUUGAACAAGCCUCAAAGGAAAGGCAUAUUAACCUGCAAGACAUGCUAAUCAGACUGGAGAAAAAUGAUAAGGAAAGGGUGGAGAAAGGCUUGAAGACAAUUGAAAUCAAAACACGUGGCGGAUUGGAAGAUCUUCAAAAUCAGUUGAAUUUCAAUAUGAGCCACAUUCGGCAACAUCAAAUCGCGCAAAUCAAAUCGUACCAAGAAACGUCGGAUACGGAGCUCAAGAAAAUAGAUGAAAACAAGAAUACUCUUGACAUGUUGACAGAUUCGGUACGAAAUAUUAGUAUCCAAGGAAAUUUCAACACUAUGUUGCUUAACUUUAUGCAUCCAGUGAGUUCAUGUCGGCAAGCUCCCAAUGUAUCAGGAAAAUACAUGAUCAAAAUUGCGGAGAAUACCAAACCAUUCGAGGUACUUUGUGAACAAACUAAGUUCGAAGGCGGCUGGACGGUCAUCCAGCAAAGGUUUGACGGUUCAGUCGAUUUUUAUCGGAACUGGACCGAGUACCGCAAUGGAUUCGGGAGUUUGGACGGUGAAUUCUGGCUCGGGCUAGAAUACGUGUAUCAAAUGACGAGAAACCGACCCCACGAACUGUUGGUGGAGAUCAAAGAUUUCCAUGGAAAUUACGCAUACGCUAAGUACGAAGAGUUUGAGAUAGGUAGUGAGUCAGAGUCGUAUGUGUUGAAUAAAUUAGGGACACACUCAGGGACAGCGGGAGAUUCGAUGCGAGACAAUCAGGAUGAAAAGUUUAGCACAUUCGAUCGUAACAAUGAUAUAACAGUUGGUAAUUGCGCUGAGGAGCGACACGGGGCCUGGUGGUACUAUCAUUGCACCUUUUCCAAUUUGAACGGCCGUUAUCAGAACACAACAGAUUAUAUGAGUGCGAUGUCGUGGUACUAUUUCAAAAACGAUUAUCGUGGUAUGUCUUACUCGAGAAUGAUGAUUCGCAGUAUCGUCAAUUAG